UGGAUAUGUCAUCUGUGUUCCUUACACAGAGGGAUUUUUGAUUUUUGUUUACAUACAAGGCGAUUAUUAAUUUAAUUCAAUUAUUUAUAAUUAUUUAAGUAGUAGCUUUAAGCUUUCAGGUAAACAGGAUAUAACGUUAUAGUGCCACAAAAAUAACUUGAUAAAUUGCAAUGUCUGCAAGAGAAAUUAUUAGGAAUCGAAACUCUGGUAUACUUUUAAAUAAGGAUACUGUUAGAACCAGAAUAAUAUCCCAACAAAAUAUUAUAAUGGAUCCAAAUAUCUGGCAUGCUUUCAUUAUUCACACUAGGAAAAGUAUGGAACGGAAUCAAUUACUGCAAACUAUAUUCGAUCAUAUUCAUCCAUAUGAAUUAAUUCCACUAAGAUUUGAAUCACUCGACAAUGGAAAUAGCUAUAUAUUUAUUGCUAGGGAUUGUGCAUCAGCCAUUCAAAAAAUAUGUGCAAAUAAUCUUUUAAUUCCUAAUCCCCUUGAUAAAAUGUUCCCCAUGGAAUGUGAAAUAAUUUUGCAAUAUGCUACUGUUAACGAGUUGCCAAGAAUUAGUAUUCCAGAUAGAUUGAGAGCUGUCCUGCAUUCAUUAUAUAAUUCUACCAGUAGAACAUUAAAUCUGGAUAAUUUCACUAAAAAUGAAGGUUUGUCUGAUUACCUACCAUUAUCCCAACCUAAAGUACUCUAUUAUGUGCUCAGUGCAGCUGCAAAUUUGAACCCAUUAGUAAUCAAACUGAGAAAUAAUGAUAUAUAUUCCUUAAAUAACCAAGAAGUUUUAUGGAAGUGUACCUCUUUGACACAUUUAGAUUUAAGAAACAAUAAGAUUGAAGAUGUGUCGUCAUUUUUAUGUUUGAAGGACAUGAAGGUGACUGAAAUAGAUCUCGAUGGAAACCCUCUUUGUGAUAAGAUGGAUGAGUAUACUUACAUAACCGAAUUGAAAAAUAUCUUCCCGCAUCUCCAAAAAAUAGAUGGUGAACAAGUAGUAAGAGAUGGUGUACCUGCAUUCAGAAAAAAUUUCUUGUGUGAUGUCAAUGGCUUCAUGGUUGUGAAUAAAUUUAUCGAAACAUAUUUUUUUCUAUAUGAUAAAGAUCGUAAGUCGCUUGAAGAUUUAUACCAUCCAAAUGCACUAUGUUCAUUAACGAAUUUGUACAAAAUUGGGCAGAUUACAUCUAAUGAUGCAAGGCUGCGUCCAUACCAAGUGAACUGCAGAAAUUUAUUGGCUUUGGCUGAUGUAACUAGAAGCCAUCAGUACCUGAUAAGAGGAAAUCAAUACAUCAUCAGAAAACUAAUGGAUCUACCUCAAGUAGAACAUGAUCCAUAUAGCUUCACUGUAGAUCUUGUUUUUCAUACAGAUGAAUCUGCUAUCAUUAAUGUAAGUGGUGUAUUUCGUGAAUAUCCAGAGUCAGUUCUUGGUACUGAGAGGCAUUUAGGUUUUAUGAGAACUUUUGCGCUUAGAAGCUACAAGGGGGAGUAUCUUAUUAUUAAUGACAUGCUUCAUGUUUACAAUGCACUAUCUACUCAAGUUUCUAAGGCAUUUAUGGUAGCAAUUCCAGCUAUCAAUUCUAAAUUGCCUUUGGCUCACACCCCAAAAGAAAAAGAAAAAGCAAUAGAAGCUUUCAAAACACUCACUGGACUUACAAACGAUUGGUCAAGGAGAUUUCUCGAGAAUGCUGGCUAUAAUAUUGUCGAAUGUGUGAAGUCCUUCAUGGAUAUGUACAAAGUGGAUAAAAUCCCUCCUAUUGCCUUCAAUCAGUGAUAUGUUAAAUAUGUCGUUCGUAAAAAAUGAUUUUAUUGUAUAUUUUGCUCGUGAGUGGAACAAUGUGUAGAAUUAAGUGAUUACGUAUCAUUAUGUAUUUACAGUGACUUUGGUGAUAACAAUAAAAAGUGUGUGUCGA